AUGACAUUCACCAGGGGCAUUUCUCACUGCCUAAAUCUCAUACAACCCGCUUUCAAACGGCAGUUUAGCGCAAGCGGAUCUAUUCUAUCACAUAUUGGAUCUCUACCGAUAUACACCACCACGGAAACCGCCUUCCGUGUCACAGAAUUAAAGCCGGCCUAUGUUAUCAGGAAGGGCAAAAAGUCUUUGAAACUCUCACAAGUAUAUUCCGUCAGUGGGCCCAAGGGCUCGCUGUCAAUGCGAGUUCCGGAAUUCGUCAGUGUCCAGGAGGAUGGCGGGAAGCUGACUGUUUUAGUCCAAGACGAAAAGGACAAGAUGCAGAAAUCUCUCUGGGGCACUGUGAGAAGCCAUUUGCAUAAUCACGUUGUUGGUGUGAAUGAAGGCCAUAUGGCAGUACUGAAGUUCGUGGGUACUGGCUACCGUGCUCAACUUGAACAAGAGGGCAAAUUUGUUAGUGUCAAGGUGGGUGCCUCCAUCAUGCAAGGUCUUCCGAUCCCCGAGGGUAUCACGGUGACCUCUCCCGUGCCCACUUCGCUGAUCAUUGAGGGCUGCGAUAAGCAACAGGUUUACCUGUUUGCCGCUAACUUGCGCAAAUUCCAUCCUCCUGAACCAUACAAAGGUAAAGGUAUUUAUCUCAACGAUGAAACGAUUACUCUUAAGGAUAAGAAGAUAAAAUAG